UCGUCACCAGCCAGGUCCUGGAACCUUAUCACCAAAUCCUCACAUCAUGGCGGCCGCGCUCUUCUCCACCUCGCUCUCGCCCCGCUUCCUCGCCCUAUCCUCUCCGAAGCCGGCCGCGCCCGCGGCCUCGGCCUUCCUCCCCUUCACGCUGCCGCUGCGCGCUGUGUCGGCGCCGGCGCCAGCGAGGCGGGUCUUCGAGCCCGUAGCCGUCGCGGUGUCGUCGGAGUACGGGACCGAGGGCGCGGAGCAGCAGGACGGGGAGUUCUCCGAGGACCUCAAGCUGUUCGUCGGUAACCUGCCGUUCAGCGUCGACAGUGCGCAGCUGGCCGGGCUCUUCGAGCAGGCUGGCUCCGUCGAGAUGGUCGAGGUUGUAUACGAUAGAAUGACUGGGCGGAGUCGUGGAUUUGGAUUCGUGACAAUGUCUUCAGCUGAAGAAGCCGGGGCUGCUGUCGAGCAAUUCAACGGUUAUACAUUUCAAGGAAGACCUCUGAGGGUGAACUGCGGGCCACCGCCACCUAGAGAUGGAUCCGCACCAAGAGCACCAAGGGGUGGUGGUGGUGGUGGCGGCGGCGGCAGCUUUGUCGAUUCAGGGAACAAGGUAUACGUGGGGAACCUUGCAUGGGGCGUUGACAACUCGACUCUGGAGAACCUAUUCAGUGAGCAAGGACAGGUGCUGGAUGCUAAGGUCAUCUACGACAGGGAUAGCGGCAGGUCAAGGGGGUUUGGUUUCGUCACCUAUGGCUCUGCCGAGGAGGUCAACAAUGCCAUAUCAAACCUUGAUGGCAUCGACUUGGAUGGUAGACAGAUCCGAGUCACGGUUGCAGAAUCAAAGCCCAGGCGUGAAUUUUGAGAUUUUGUUAAGGUGGUUUAGAGGUCAAUAGCGUGUGUUCACAAGUUCUAGUUUGUAGCGUCUAUUCUUUCUUCCGUAUGAGUAACAAGAUGCUGAAUUGCUGAUAAUGAGAGACUAGAAGUGAAACUGCUGUCCACAGGAAGAUAUUUUUCCCAACCCUUCUA